GAGAAGCCGGCGUGAGCCACGCGCCACGGCUGAGAUAGAACGAGAGCAGCAUACCUGUUGGUGGAGGAAGCAACGGUAAAGCGGGGAGGGUCCAGCCAAAAACAGCCAAGAAAUACAAGAAAGGAGCGUCAGCGGCGCGGGGAGCAGGUCACGAAUUCUUACGGGGGGCUGCUGCGGGUUGCUCGCUGCCGGCAACGCAACGGUGCUCGUCGCCGGCCUUCUCGGCCCCGUGCUUCUCCACAAACCGGUGGACGUCGUCCGUGUGUGCUACAGACGCCGUCAUGGCUGCGGUCACCGCGCCGUCUUGGAUAACACUCGCCGCCGCCGUGUUUGUCAUCGCAACCGCCCGGCUGUCCGCAUCGGCAAACCAAGCAGAUGUUGCCUGCGGCUAUCCAGGAUGCCCUGCUCACGCCACUGUCACCUUCUCGCGUGACGAUAUGGCCCCUGGUACAGUGGCCACGUACGCCUGCGACCCCGGGUGCGAGCUCCUAGGACCCGGUCGGAAAGUCUGCACCGGCAAUGGAACCUGGGCUCCCGACGGACUGCCUUUCUGCGUGCUGAACGUUGCCGCCGGUAAGGCCCCCCUGCAAUCUUCAACGGUGGCCGGCGGAGUGCCCCAGAAGGCGGUUGACGGCAGUACCAGUGCCUUCUUCACACCGGACACCUGCUCGCUUACCGAACCAGAGCGGUCACCCUGGUGGUACGUGAACCUCCUCGAGCCGUACGUGGUGCAACUGGUGCGCAUCGACUGGGGCCGCUCCUCACUCGCGGAUCCCGACGGCGCGGGUGGUGCCAACACCGUCGUGGUGCGGGUGGGCAACAACCGGCCCGACCUGGGUGCCAACCCCGUGUGCAACCGGUUCACGGGCUCGCUCGAGGAGGGCCGGCCGCUGUUCCUGCCGUGCGCGGCUCCCAUGCCCGGCGCGUUCGUCAGCAUACACCUCGAAGGUCUGGGCCCGCUGUCGCUGUGCGAGGUGUUCGUGUACACGGACCAGGCGCUGCCGGUCGAGCGGUGUCCGUCUUUCCGCGACCAGCCGCUCGGCUCGGCGGCCACGUACCACGGCAAGUGCUACACCUUCUACAACAACCAGCCGGCGCCGUUCGAAGCCGCACGGCGGUUCUGCGAGCAGCGCGGAGGCUCGCUCGUGGAUGAGACGAGUCCCGCGCUGCAAGGCUUCCUCAGCUGGGAGCUCUACCGGAGACACAGGCACGACACCGAGUCGGGCCAGUACUGGAUGGGCGCCAACAGAGACCCACAUGACCCGACCAGCUGGCGCUGGCUGAACGGCCGUGAGGUGACCGUCUCCUUCUGGAAUUCUCCCAGCAACUCCAUCCUGCAGAACAACUGCUCUCGCUUCGAUGGCAACCGUGGAUGGCUGUGGUCUGACACCAACUGCGACGUGCCGCUGAACUUUAUCUGCCAACACAGACCGACCACGUGCGGAAAGCCGCAGCGUCCCCCAAACUCAACCGUGCUAGCCCGGAACUUCGAAGUAGGCUCCGUGAUCGAGUACCGCUGUGCGCCUGGACACCUCCUCGUUGGUCCUAACAUCAGGACAUGCUUGGGCAACGGAUUCUACAGCGAGUUUGCGCCGAAAUGCAGAUAUCUCGAAUGCGGACCGCCGGCGCCCAUCCCGAAUGGUUCUCUGAAUCUCGUCAACGGCACCCGGCACUAUAUGAGCACCGUCGAGUACCGCUGCCGCGAGGGUUUCGUCCUGAUUGGCCGAAGCCUGCUGGUGUGCGACGUCGACCAGCGAUGGAACGGACCGCCGCCCAGAUGCGAACCGGUCAUGUGCCGACCUCCGCCAGCCGUUGCACAUGCCCUGGUUCGCCUCUCGGCCCCCUCGACCAUCUUUGGCACGGUGGCCGAAUAUGACUGCGAGCCGGGCUACCAGCUCAGCGGCAACCCACACCUGCUCUGCGGACCCACCGGCUUCUGGCAGGGAGACGUGCCCGUCUGCCUCCGGCCAACGACGCCAAGACCUGUUGUGACGACCACGACAACGACCACAACGACUACCGAGGAGCCGCCACCGUCACCCUCCAUCAACGGCCACAGUGCAGGUGGCAGCGAGGGCCCCAUGAUCGUGCCGACAAGGUUCCAUCCGGACUUCAUGCCCGACCGUCCCGAUCAGCGGCCUACGUUCGUGACCACCACAGUGGCCUCACCUCGGCCCACGGCAGCGGCCACGGUCCGGGCAACGCAGCGUCCGCGACCUCAGCCCACGACGCCCUCGCAACCACCGCGCAGGCCGGCAUUCCGGCCAGCCGACCACGACGUGGCCGGGUCGUCGGGACACCGGACGGUGCUGGCGCCACCGGACCUCCACAGUGCCUUCGGCGAGGACUCGGCCGCGCGUGCGGGAGCUAAGCUCAACAUGGGGGGCUUCAUAGCGUUGGGUGUCUUUGGAGGAUUUGUCGUCCUCGCUGCAGUAAUCACCAUCGUCGUCAUCGUCAUACGACGUGCGAGGCGAGGAGACUGCGACGGCGUCGACCGCUGUCGCGGCUCCAAGAUGCCGCCGGGUGGCGGGGGUUCGAGCGGCUGCUCGUCGCUGGAGCACUCUCCCGUGGGCGCCUACGCCGAGCACGGUCUGCAGAGGCACUACAAGCGCGCGUGGGAGAACCUCCGCUACGACGCCGGCGCCGCGGGCCACAAGGCGCCGCGCAUCGAGACGCUAGACCACCCGCACGUGACGUCACGCACCCUCGAGGGCUACCGAGAGGCCAACGAGAUCACCGUGAACGACGUGGCCGCGCUGUACGGCCGGCCGCACCGGAGGUGAUUGUGGCCGCCGAUGACCGAUGGACUAGGGACGUUCACUAUCGGCAGAGACGUUCUGUGUGGUGGACGGGCUUCGCGAAUGGCGGCCACGGGCCUAGAAAUUUGCGCAGUCGUGUUGCAAGCACUCUUUUGUAAGCGCAUCCCGUGUGCGUGUCCCAGAUGUGCGGGUCUUGUGCUGCUCGGGGCGUUGGCGGUAGUUUGGAAAAAAGAAAUGGAUCAUGACAGUUUCUCAAACAACCACCGAGCACCAUGAUAAUGGCGGAGAAGCACAUUGCGCGUAGAAGGAACAAGCUUGUGGUACUUGUCGCUGAAUGAAUGUUGAGCGUGUUGAAUGUCUUUCGCAGAAGGUUCUUUUGUCGCUCACAACGGAACUACUUCGGCUCACAUGCGACUGGACAGUGGAAAAGUUGAGUGAUAGCUUACGUCUUUAGCUAAAGCCUGUUUGAUGCCCUGAAAUUUUUAUUGAUCUAGUUAGAUUUCAGCAUAAUUCUGAGCUCAGCGAUUCGAAAAUUUUGAUUUUGUGUAUGUGACUCGACUCCAUUACAUUGCUGCACGGUCAGCUCUCGUCAUGCAAUUUGCUUGAACACAGUGUUAAAGUUGUCGUCGAUUUGGUAACAAAGGCAAGUAAGAACCCGGUAUAUGUAAGCUGGGUUUAUGAAGUUCACGUUUCAUCUAACGUGUGCACUGAGUCAAUUACAAAGCCACUUCUGACCGGAAACGAGACAUAAAAGUAGUACUGUAAGACUUAUUUAAAAAAAAACUGUGCCUGUCGCAUGAGGAUGAGCCUGUUUAUUUUGGUAGCCUAGAUCCUAAAACGAUUUGUUUUCUUUCUCUAUUGAAUCAUCGUUUCAAAUCAAUGUGCCCAUUGUGAAAUGCAAUUUUCACAAAUGUUUAUAGCUAUAGCAAACUAUCUUCGCAUUGUUUUGUGUUAUUAAGCUGCUCAUAUAGAGUGCUUGGUGGCAGUUCGCCGGUUUCAAGCGCAAGGUGACCUUCUGACUACGUACAUUACAUUGUAGGUUGUCGCAGAGGGGUUUCCUUUUUGUAUAAUGCAUUACAGUUCCACUGUACACACCCUCUGAGAAGCAGUAUAUAGUGGCUGUUAACAAAUCCCUAUGUUCUGAGGUUUCCUCUUCUUCUUCUUCUUCUUCUUCUUCUUCUUUUGCGUCGAAACAGGCAGUUCAACAGGCACGUCAUCUCAUGUAGACGGAUCGUUUAUGUACGAAGGGGAAUGUCGCGCUGUUCGGCUUUCACGUUACAUAUUGGCGACUUGCUGUUUAGUUUACAGUAACAUAGUAACUAUAUUAACGGCAAUCUGGUAUUGUUUUCUGACACAUCAAGUACUGUCUAGAACGUGCUCUAAUCAAAGAAUGUGUGGGAUGUUGUUCUCUCCUACCUCUUUCUUUCUUUGGACUUAGGCACUGAAAGUGCCGGAAAUGUGUAAUAUUUCAAGACGUGCUUGAUAUUGGUGUUGUGUACGAAAGUGGAUGCGUGCAUGUGUGUGUGUGCGUAUUUAAUUUCUCAAUGCCGUAUUUGUCCUCAUGCCUUAAAAGUGCUUAUUAUAUCCUUGUUGUUCGGGUAUGCGUGUUACACUGACGACUUGUCAGUGUAACACCAAUUAGUUGCGAGAGGAUACUGUCAUUGACUUUUUUUUUAACAUGAUAGCAUAUGUAAAGCAAGAUUUCAAGUAGCCAGAAAGACACGUGACAGCCAAUGAUCCAUGUUUCAUUAUGCUAGAAAUGGUAAAGGAACUUAAAUGACCCGAAAUCAUCAACGGUCAAGAUGUCUCUCCCAGCCCGCUGGGAGAACAGUUCCAGAAAUGGGUUACAAAAGAGCGGCUGUUUCCGCCGUCACUAUUGUUGGAGUCAUUAGUUGAUGAACAUGUUAGGAGAGGCAUGAUCCUAUGUGCAGGAAACAUUCUCCAACUUAUACUUCUUUCCAAUAAUUAAUGCAACGGAAGCAGUGACUGGACCAGACAUAUGGUCGCCUAACUAGAGGCAUCUUCAGCCUGCCAGAUGUAGGCAUUGACAAAAGCUCAUCAUCUUUGCAUACGCCAAAGGCAACUCGUAGAAAGCGUUAAGAAUCUAAAAAGGACACAACGAAAAAAAAAACUUUCACCAUGCUUAUUUUUCUUCUAGUAUUUGUCGCGUCAGCACAUCGCUAUAUUUAUGCCUACUUAACGAGGCUGUGUCUUCUUCGUAUUAUUUAUUCGCGCAUGUAUUUAUUCUGUCAUACACCAUUCUCACGUAUUCUUCGAUCAUCGAGGUCUUGCCAUUAUUCCAGACGCUGAGUAAGCCUGUCUGUAAGAUGUGUCCUUGCUUACGAGCAAUGAUCUCGGAACCAUGCCGCCUUAUUAUUCUGCCGUCUAGAAUAGUUGUAAACAAAGAAUGCGGAAAAGCGCCCCUUUUUAGAUUGCCUUUUGUUAGUUUUUAUGAAUGCAAACAUUUAGAUUCGGCCUAUCGUUUAUAUGGCAUGACAGCAUCAGAAAAAUCAAGGUUUCCACAAACCUCGAAAGCUGUACCAGCAUUUAAAAUCCUCCUAUUUCCUAGCUUUGCUCAAAUAAAAAAUGAUGAGCGGAUGUUCGUGCUACCAUAUUGUUCGCUUAAUAUAUCCUGGGGCGAUGCGAUAGUUUUUUUCAAUAGAAAUAAUGAGUUUCCUUUCUUGAGGGGCAUUCUUCAGAAACAUAUCAAGUUCUUGUGAUUGACUCACACUGCAGCUACACAACUAUCUUGGGGCUGCUUUCCUUUCAAGCUUUUACUUCACUGGUAUUUUAGUUUCCUGUUGCAGCGACUGCAGCUUCAAUCAUACGCAUACUGACCAAGCCUUAAGUGUAUAUGACAAAAAUGUUUCGAGCGUGUACAUAGUAAACGAGUGCUCAAUAUGCCCCUUUCUUAUCUAGACUGGAGCAAAAGCAGGGCACUGUUGGAAGCAGCUGCUAACAUUGCAAAUAACCACUGUGAAGGAUUCUGUCCUUCUGCUUGACUAAUGUAAAGUUGGCAACUCUACAAUUGCGAAAGCAUAGCUUUCUUUCGGGUUAAGCCAUCCGAUAGGGAUCAGUGCACUUUCUCCGAUUUCUUUCUUUCUUUUUUUUUGCAAACAAACCCUCUUAUUCAUUGAGCGUUUAUUCCUUAUGAGAAAUGUCAUAAAUUCUGUCUGUACAGUUGUAUUUCAGCGCUGGCGUUACAAUUGUGUAUUUUAUUUCGUUUAUUUAUGUUUUGUAAUAAAGCUGAGUUCCUACACGAGUGCUACAAGUUGUUUGUUAUUUGCCCUCGAGGUAUGCAUUUAAAGCUAACUA